UUUCUGCUUUUUCUCAGUCGUAUCGCAAGCAAACAAACAAAAAUGGGCCUUUCUAUGUACUUCCGACCGCUUCGAGGCAUCCUCACCAAGCUCCCCACCUUGCCCAAGGAAGUUCAGGAGAAAAUGUUGCAAGGCAACGGCAAGAACCUCCCUGGUUGUUCGCUGUAUUGCUGGAUGCCCAGGCACGGCAAUCCGACCGAGGGCUACGACCCGAACGAUGUGCUUAUCGGAUACGAGGAAGAAGAACACUGGAUUUGCAGAAUCCACUACGAGGGCGACACCCAGUACUUCCGCCGCAAGGAACAUCCCAUGUCCCAGAAGGACUGGACUCUGUUUUCCGAGCAGCUUCCCAAGUAUCUUCAUGGGGAGAGGGAGUCCUUUGAUGACUACUUUUUGUUCUGGUGCUUCUGAAACGGGUUUGUGGGCGGGAAGUGUUUGCCAA